AUGCUCCACGAAGUGGAGACGCUAAAGCAGAGAUUCGUUGGUACAAGGUAUUUCAAGUGUGCAGCAGAGUUGACAGAGGUGAUGAAGAUCCUGCUACAACAAAAUGGAAAUGGAGCCGAUCAUUGUUAG